CAAAUCAUUGUAACCAUUUUUACGAUCCUCAUGAUUAUGUUCGUCGUAAUGUGGCACCGACGGAGCACUUUUCAUUGCCAACCACUUGAUGCCAACCACUUGAUGCCAACCACUUGAUGCCAACGACACCGACAACCAAACGUCGCAAAUUUGCAAUUGUAGCAGCAAGAGAACAACGAGGUUUGCGAAUCAACAGUCAUUCAAUGCGGAUGCGUUCCAGUGGUGCGAUCCGCAUUCUUCGCAACGUGGAAUGCAUCAGAAAGUCAUUGCCUACACGAUUUUCGGCAAGGUCACCGAACGCUACAAUUCGUUGCUAACGAACAUCUCGUCCACGGCGCAGAAACUCUAUCCAGGAUGGAUCGUCCGCAUCUAUCACAAUUUCCGCAAUCAAUCGGAAGAGGCUCACCAACAUUUGUGUGAGGUGUAUUGCCAGUUCAACAACGUUGAUCUUUGCAGCGUUCCAGAGUUAAUUCAGCGCAUUCGAGACGCGUCCAAAACCAACCAGAUGGAGCCUAUCGAGGCCGACCUUCUCGAUGGACUUAAUCUCAGAAUGUUGCGUUAUUUAGUGACGUUCGAUCCGAAUGUGGACAUUUUCAUAUCGCGAGAUGUGGACAGCAUGAUUUGGCAGAGGGAAGUGGACGCUGUUGAGCAAUGGCUUCGAUCAAACUACACAUUCCAUUUGAUGAGGGAUCACCAGAGUCACACCGUUACCAUGUUGGCAGGAAUGUGGGGCGCUAAAAUGUUUCAGCGGAGGGAUCUAAUCGAAGGACUGAUGAGAGCCAUCAUCCGUACCGGUCAGGAUCAAAUUAAGAACACGGACCAAGUCUUGUUGAACGCCACAGUUUGGCCUACAGCCCAGUACGAUGUGAUGGCACACGACAGUUAUCACUGCCAGAAUUCGAAUUUUAUGGCUAAAACGUUGCCAUUGAGAGUCUUCCCGUUUCCAAGCCAACGUGAAAGCGGAUAUUUUGUUGGCGGCGUCGGCCAGGAAAAGAUACCAGGCAAAUGCCCCGAAGCGUGUCGACUACCAGAACACAAAGAUUGGGAAUAGCCUACUGUUAACAUUAUUCUUUUUUUUUUUUUUUUUUUUUUUUUUUUUUAAAUAUUUACUUUGAAUGUGGAAGACUACUUUGAAAAUGGAGACCGAACUACGAAGUUGAUGGCCAUUAUGUGAACGUUGUUGGGAUUGCAAGCUCACGGAUGUCACGUACACAGAUGUGAGUUAAUAACCAUGUUGAAAAUUGCACAGACGAUUCGUACUUUUCUAGUGUCUACUAGGUUAGCAACAGAGCCGAGAAAUGUCCAUGUAUUUUGGAAAUGUGCACCGAAAACAACCUUGACAACGAUGCGGUCGUCUACCUGGUGACAUUCGGGAAAAUCUGUUUGCGACCGUUUGAUUAACUCUAGCAAAAAAACUAGCUUUAAAAAACGUGUUUUUUAACCGGCCGACCACUUAAAGAAACUGAUGGUAGACGACGAGCUGUACCUGACUUACUUUCGCUGGAAGGCGAAAUACGUCGUCAAAAAUUUCCCCAAAAAUGGAGUGUGCUACCUGUGCCAAUGGUUUGGUGAUCCCGAAACGAAAGAAAAGAGUUCUGCCGAUAUUGCUGACUGGUGGGCAGGUAACGAGGCUAUCAAUCCAAUUUGCCGGCCGCCACCUGCAACUCCCUCGUUUAGUUGGAAAGCGAUUUUAUUCUGUACCUCACUGCUUACAUCUUGGCUUUAUAGCGCAACGUUUCAUCGUUUAAACGACCUUAGGCGUUUUAAUUAAGUAGCCUUUCUCUUCAAAGCAUAGUCGUCGCAUUUUAUGUCGAGUUGCUAACGCCUUGCAUCUGCCGACGAGACUCACCGUAGGAUGCGGCGUCUCCGUAAUGACAUCACACAACCAUUAUUAUGCAAUCGGUCGCAGGCAUAAGAGAAUAAGUCAGGUAAAAUUGCAACGCCGUCAGCCUAGGUUUUCUAUGUACGUCCUCCAAACAUAACCCGUCACGUUUUGAAUGAAAAAUCUCAUUACAUAAGCCAAGCGUGGCCUUAAGCGUAACCCAGUCCUUCUUUAUUCAUUUAUAUUUUUUUUUGUAGGCAUGUUAGUCAAUUUCAUCAGCUAACAUUCACCUUUUUUUAUCUUUUCUUCAUGCUCAAUAAAGGACA